UGAUUCCUAAGUACUAUGUAGUUGGUUGUUGCCUCAGCUGGAUUGAUCCCCCGCGUCAUUACCAUUCCUCUAGCGCCAACCCCACUCCACUUCCCAAAUCCCACUUCAUCCUUCCAGGGGAAACGCAAAACCAAUUCUCAAAGUCUCCAGGCUACCUAAUACUUCGACUUGUUUUACUGUCAUCUUUCAAUCAACAAUAAUCCCUUAGGGUUUCCCUGGGUAUUAACAUUUUGUCAUUUGUGGCCUUCGCGUUCCUCCCAACUUGUGUGCUUUCUGCAGCAUAUAUAUUCUACAGCCCGAUUCUUAGUCGACGAGAAAGGAAACAAAGAAUGAAUGUGCUCAAACUUCAAAGGAAGUUUCCACAGUUCGACCAGGGCGAGAUCUUUUCCCUUCAGGAUGCCUUUAGAAAGUUAGACGUUGAUGACAAAGGAUCAUUGGAUGAAGCGACCGUGAUCAAAGCCACUCAGCAAUCGGAGCGCCAACCAUAUGAUGUCGUACGGCAGGCGCUGAAGGAGGUUGAACUGGAUAGCUCCCGCCGUGUGGAACUUGAAGACUACGUGGAUCUUAUCUCUAAGCUCCGCUCUACCACCGGGCAAAGCGGAUCUACUGGUACGGCAGCUCCCGUCGCGGUAGUACCGGGGAAUGGCGCUGUUUCAUCUCGACAUGUCUCCAAGGGCAGCAUAGGAGGAAGAAUUCACGUCCAAGGUUCGUCGGCAAAUGUAACUCAUACAAUCAAUGAGGACGAACGGACCGAGUUUACGAGACAUAUCAAUGCCGUUCUUGCCGGGGACCCGGAUGUUGGUCACUUCCUGCCGUUUGCUACCGACACUUUCGAGAUGUUCGAUAAGUGCAAAGACGGUCUAGUACUAGCGAAACUGAUCAAUGAUAGCGUGCCGGAUACGAUUGAUGAGCGUGUUUUGAAUAAGCCCGGGAAGAAGAUCAAGGAUUUGAACGCUUUCCACAUGACUGAGAACAAUAACAUAGUUAUCAACUCGGCCAAGGGUAUCGGUUGCUCGGUUGUGAACAUUGGAAGUGGUGAUAUCAUAGAAGUGCGCGAACAUCUCAUUCUAGGCCUUAUCUGGCAGAUCAUCCGUCGAGGUCUUCUAGGCAAGAUUGAUAUCAAACUCCACCCCGAGCUUUACAGACUCCUAGAAGAAGAUGAAACCUUAGAGCAAUUCCUACGUCUGCCUCCCGAGCAGAUAUUGUUGCGCUGGUUCAACUACCAUUUGAAAAACGCAAAAUGGAACAGAAAGGUGACCAACUUCUCUACCGAUGUCAAAGACGGCGAAAAUUAUACAGUCCUUCUCAGCCAACUGGCACCUGAUGUUUGUUCCCGAGGUCCCUUGCAGACACAGGAUGUGCUUGAGCGCGCCGAACAGGUCCUAGCCAAUGCGGACAAGCUGGGCUGUCGAAAGUUUUUAACUCCAAGCUCACUUGUUGCUGGAAACCCGAAGCUCAACCUCGCUUUUGUAGCCAACCUGUUCAACACAAUACCUGGUCUUGACCCUAUAACUGAAGAAGAAAAGCUUGAAGUUGAAGACUUCGAUGCAGAAGGAGAACGUGAAGCAAGAGUUUUCACUCUCUGGUUAAACUCUCUGGAUGUCCAACCCGCUGUUAACUCUCUCUUUGACGAUCUUCGGGAUGGUACGGUUCUCUUGCAAGCUUAUGACAAAGUAAUUCCUGGAAGCGUUCAUUGGAGGCAUGUCAACAGGCCGCCAGCAUCUGGUGGGGAGAUGAUGCGCUUUAAGGCGGUUGAGAACACAAACUAUGCAACUGAGCUUGGAAAAAAUAAUGGCUUCUCUCUUGUUGGUGUUCAGGGAGCUGAUAUCACUGAUGGGCAGCGCACUCUUACAUUAGGGCUGGUAUGGCAACUGAUGCGAAGAGAUAUCACAAAUACACUCUCAAGCUUGGCGCAACGGAUGGGUAAACGUGAGAUUACAGACUCAGAAAUGAUCCGAUGGGCAAAUGAUAUGUCCCGCAAAGGUGGCAGGACUUCAUCGAUACGCAGCUUCAAGGAUCAGUCUAUCGGCUCGGGAGUCUUCCUCCUUGACGUACUCAACGGCAUGAAGAGUAGCUACGUGGACUAUGAGCUUGUAACCUCGGGCCGCAGCGACGAAGGAGCAUAUUCAAACGCCAAGUUGAGCAUCAGCAUAGCGAGAAAGCUAGGCGCAACUAUCUGGUUGGUUCCUGAAGAUAUCUGCCAGGUCCGCUCUCGUUUAGUGACUACAUUCAUUGGUUCCCUUAUGGCUACAUAUGAGAAGAUGCAAUGA